GCUUCUUCCGACAUUCUGCCAGCUCCCAAAUUGUCGCUGAACUUUCUCCCUAUAAAUAGUAAAAGCUAGCGUUAGCUAAGUUAGCUGACCUCUCCAUGGCACCUCUCCGGGUCCUGUGUAUUCACGGUUACCGGCAGAACGGCAGCUCGUUUCGGGAAAAGACGGGAGCUCUGCGGAAGCUGCUGAAGAAACAAGUGGAGCUCGUAUACCUGAGUGCACCACACAGUGUGCAGCAAGCCAGCAGUGAAGCUCAAGGGAAGGAGAGUGGUUCAGGUCCUGGACCUGGAGGUGACGAGGACCCCAGGGGUUGGUGGUUUUCUGACGGCCAGGCUCGGAGUUUCAGCGCUCAGCAGCAGUGUGAGGAAAGCCUUGGGCUCGAUGAGAGCGUGGCGGCUGUGAGAGAAGCUGUUAAAAUCCAAGGUCCAUUUCACGGCAUCCUGGGCUUCAGUCAGGGAGCAGCAUUUGUGGCCAUGUUGUGCUCUCUUCAGGAGCAAAAACUUGAGCCAGUUUUCAGCUUUAACUUUGCCAUCCUUGUCGCUGGUUUCCCAAGUGCAUGUAAGGAACACCAAAAAUUCUACAACCCUCCCCUCCAGAUCCCCUCCCUGCAUGUGUUUGGACUGGAAGACAGAGUCAUCCCUGACAACAUGAGCAGGGAGCUCCUUCCUUCCUUCCGAGACCCUCAGGUCUUGGCGCAUCCUGGUGGUCAUUUUGUUCCUGCUGCAUCUGCCCACAGACAAGCCUACCAGGACUUUCUCAAGGGGUUCCAGUGAGCAUCGACGUCACAGAAACCCAGGUGCUGAAUAAUGAAUGGCUGUGAAUUAGACUCAAUUCAAAGAAUGUUGAUUGUUUAAUGCUCAGAAAAGUCUUGUGAUACCAUAAUUGAUACCAGAUGCGCGCUGGGUAUAAAUGCCAAGUUCAAACUCAUGGUUCUCUGGAAGUACUUUUUUGUGAUCUAUUCCAUCCAAAACAGAACAAUGACUGCUGUCUUUCUCCGGUAAAAGACAAAUAAAUUAAAUGACUAUUGUUUAUUUAUUGUAA